AACUUCGAACUGUUCCUUUAACUCACAAUGUCGCUUCAGAGCGAGCAGAAGACGGGACGCUUGGUGAGGUAAUCGUGUGACUGUCGGGAUAGUUGCUGCCUGACUACUUUUGGUUUCGGAUUUUUUUUCCUUUACAGGUUUAGGGUUUGGUCACAGCUUGUGGGUACAGGAGCAGCAGGAGGAGGGACACGGGUGCUUGACUAAGUUUAUUCAGCCGGAUCUAAUUUAUUUUUCUUUUCUUUGUGAGCGUGUUUCCCUGUUUGCUGAAACCAUGGUGUGGUCCUUCUUCUUCUUCGGUUUAUUAAUCGCGUGUACAGGAAACCCUGCAAGUGCCUCCUGUCCAUUACAAAUGAGUCCCUCUAGAGUUGUGGUGAAAUUUGGAGACGCCUUAUCAGCCAAGUGCACUUCACUAUCUAACCAGACUGAAGGAAUGGGCUGGGAGUCUCCAUAUGGAGGAUUGGACAAUACCAAGGGUGUCACUUUUCUUGACUUUAAAAUUGACUCUGUGCCAGUGUGGGAGUUAGAGCCAAUAUGUUUUGUGAAUUUCCAUGAUGGUGAUCAGUGUACAGAGGUUUUACCAGUCACUGUUUAUAAAAUGCCAGACAGUGUGUCAUUGAGACAGAAUUCAACUACAGUGAAAGAAGGUGAAAAGUUUGCCAUACAGUGUGACAUUGUUAAUGUUGCACCAGCAAGAAAUCUCUCUGUGCUUUGGCACAAAGGAAAUAAGAUCUUAAAUUCUGAGACAUUUAUUGAGUCCAGUCCAUCUCCCGUCAGUAAGUCAUCUGUCCUCACUCUGACUGCUCAUAGAGAUGAUGAUGGAGCUGAGAUCUGGUGUGAAGCAAAACUAAACUUGUGGCCAGGAGAACAAGGUCCUGCCAUGAUGCGCUCAAUGUCGCAUAGAGUGACUGUAUUCUACCCACCAACCUACACCAAGGCUGGAAAUGAGACUCUGGAAAUGACAGUUGGUGAAAAUAUGACUUUAAAUUGUAACGCUAAAGGAAACCCUCCACCAUCAUACCACUGGGAAUUCCCAAAAUUCACAAAAGAAUGGCAUGACAAAGAAGAAGUGAUUGAGCCAAUUCUGACCCUACCGUUUGAGCUUCCAGGGGUCUAUACAUGCACAGCCUAUAGUAACCAAGGCAAUGUGAUCAAAUAUUUCAAUAUCAGCGAAGCUCCAAGGUCUCGAACAACCUUUGGAGUCAUGGUGGGAGUGGGUGUGGCCGUCGGAGUUUUGCUCCUCAUUGCUGGUGCAUAUUUUGUGACACCUAAUGGAACGUUCUCUUUCAACAAAGGCGGCUAUCAACCAGGAACUCCCUCAAGACCAGUAUAAGGCAGACUUUUUUUUAAAUUCAGAUUUGCAUGGCUAUUAUUUUUAUUUUUGUUAAUGAUCUUAUUUGGUGCUUGGACCCAAAAAUUCUGUAACAUGUCUCUUAAUGGACAAAGGACAUGUCUGCUCUGCAUGCUCUGUGGGUGUUCUUCUGCUCAAAGCUGUGGCUUUAAAAAUUUAUUAUCUUGUCAGCUAUCUCUAAAGCUCCACUAAUCAAGAUUGCUGCCCUAACAAAGAUAUAUAAUACAGGAAAUGCGUUUAAAUGCACUGCAGUAACCUUUACAAGUCUGUGUAUAAAAAUGCAACAGAUAAAUAAUUAGAUUUCAUCCCCACUACAGUCUUAUUUUGGAAGCAUGAUGUGCUUGCUGGCCUUAUUUGGAAAUCUUUACUACACAAAUACUUCCUGUUUCAGUUUUAAUCAGGAUAAUUCAAACCUUUUUGCAUAUGGAUGUGAUGUUUUCCUCUCUCCUGCACAUUUUCACAAGUCUGUAGCUGAUGUCGAGAUGGUUACUUGAAUGCACAUAAACUCAUUUAAUGAAUCAAGCUGAUGUUGGACUCAGGGGAAUUAACACCUAACAGGCGCUCUUUUUCUAGCUCAUCAUUUUGGUUUUAUGGCUUUCACACAUACUGUAUGGUUUGUUCUGUGCUGAUUAUCAGCUUCGUGCUGCAGCAAAGCUCCGAUGAAGCCACUAUAUCCUGUCCAUGCAAAACUACAAAUGAAGACAAAGGUCGUAUCAGAGGAAUUAAACAGAGCAUAUAUUUUGGACACAAUUGCUGUAAUACGUUGAUACAGCUAUAUAUGGUCAGAGUGGAUUUCUCAGCUUUUUGUGCAGUUGUGCUUUUGGGUUAUAUUUCUCAUCUAGUAAUUGUGUUAAAAAAUAUUGUUUUUAUUGUUCAUAUGACUUGAUAAUUAGGUACUAUUUAACAGCAAUUGUUGCCUCAUCUGAAUUGUAGACCUCUUGUGUGUCUUUAAAAAAAAUAACAAUUCAUCAAGAAGUACAUUAAAUAUUUGCAUAAAACUCAUUUUUUUAAAGCAAAAUUAGCAAUUCUAUGUCAGCAUUUUAUAUAUUCAUUUUGUUUCUACUCAUCUAAACAUGUAAAUGCUUUGGAGGUACUUUUUAUGGAAUUACUUGAGAGCACAAUGUAGUAAUUACUUUUUUUAAGUAUUCAUUUUGGGAUAUGCAUAAAUUAUUCAUAUUUCUUUCUCCUUUUUUGUAAAAUUCGAUUUCUGUAUGCACUGGUAAGUCUUUCGGAUCGCUUCAUAAUUUUUGCACUGAAUAGACUGAUAGAGUUUAUCAAGUAUUGCGCCAACUUUUCACAUGACACAACAGUUGUUUUACUGAGUCUGCAUUUUACCAGAGUUUGUCUAAUUGUACCAGUGACAUGUUUUUAAGAAACUACAUGUGUGUGAUUGUAAAUCCUGAAUUAAACAAUUCAGGAGAUGAGGCAAAGUCAAACCAGUUUUCUUUCUCACUCUCUGUCUUUGAGUCUGGCUACAUUUUACAAUGUUCACUCUGCCAUACUAAUUAGUUCUUUAAAAAGUGAAUGUAAAGAAGAUCAUUUGUGAUCCAGACUACUGUUGCCAAUAUAAACAUAUUUCUUAUGAAACCA